AUGGGUGAUAUAAUUCAAGAGAGCGUCCGGCCAAUUCGGAUCAUGGUAGUCGGCGACUCCAUGUCCCACGGCCGUGAAGGGGACUUUACAUGGCGAUACAGGCUAUGGCAGUGGCUCAAAGAAGAGAACAUCAACGUCGAAUUCGUUGGUCCCUAUGAGGGAACAAAGACUCCAGAUCAACCUCGCCCACCACAGCCUCCCCCUCUAAAAGACGACUCGCUGCCAGCACCUGACGUGCCAAUAGACCAUGGCGGCUAUGCUGCAGGCGUGCAAUUCAACUCUCACCACUUUUCAGUCUGGGGCCGGCAGGCAACGCAGUGCAAAGACCUCAUCAAGGAGCAGGUGGCACGAUUCAGGCCUGACUACCUGCUUGUUAUGCUCGGCUUCAACGACAUGGGCUGGGGUGUUGCGGAUGCUGAAAACACUCUUAGUGCCAUGAAGACACUCGUGGAUAAUGCACGCACUGCAAAACCAGAUGUCAAAUUUGCUCUCGCUGACGUCCCGAUGCGGACGCCAAUUGAUGGGGCAGAGAGGCUUCCUGGUAUGAUAGAAGAGUACAACCAGCUUCUACGAACAUCAGUGUCAAAAUGGGCUGCCUUUGAGUCUCCGGUCGAGUUGGUGGGAGUCCGGCGAGGAUACCAUUGUCAUCAAGAAAGCUACGAUGGAUUACAUCCAAAUUCUUUGGGCGAAUUUCAGAUUGCAAGAGCCUUCUCUCAGACUUUGUCCCAAAAGUUCCACAUUGGGAUCAAAGCCCUCACUAUUCCGCAGGGAAUCCCACAAAGACCGACGCCAGUGCCGGCGAACAUUGUUGCGGAAGCAGUUUCUUACGGAGUUUCCGUUAAAUGGGACCCAGUAUACGGCGCUAUCGGCUAUGAUGUCAGAAUUCGCAAUCAUGACAACCUGCCGUGGAAUGAGUCGAGAGCAGAUGUAGCCCAGUACAACUCGACGUGGACCCAAGAAGGGCAGGAGUAUCAGUACCAAGUUCGGACCUUUAAUGGAGAGAGUCUCAGGUCCUCCUGGUCUACUACAGCCUCAACGAUUGCUCACCCGAAAACAGCUCCGGGACCUGGGAAUAUCAUCACCAAACCUGACCUGUAUCAGGUCCUUGUCGAAUGGGAAAAGCCUCAAGGGCAAGCCGAAGUGGAUCGAUACGAACUAAUCCUCGUAGAUCUGUCAUUACCAGGAUCUUUCCCCGCUACUGUUGCGGUGAGAGAAAAUGACACGACCUUCACCGACCUAUCGACAGGCCAUCGGUAUGGUUUGGCGAUCAGUACCUGGACAGACUGUGGAGGUGGUAUUCCGGCGGGUGGCCGGAGCUUCAUUGCUGGCAAUGGCAAACCGCCGACUCCGACUCAGCUCCAAAUUGAGGUUCAGAAUCCCACCACCGUGCACCUGAAGUGGGAAGAGUCGAAGGGUGCAGCAGGAUAUCGUAUAUGGGUGCGGAACCUAGUCGAGAAAUCGGACUUCGUAGAAGACGGAGAAACUGAUUCUGCGGAGUACGGUAUCACGUUUCUGAUUCCAGGCGCCUGGAACUUUGAGUUUUGUGUUUCUGCAUACAACGGGAGCCUUGAGUCGGAGAGAUCAGGCAGCAUUGCUCCAAUUAGAGGCGACAUAGAAUCUCGGUGA